AGGCAGCCGAUUAGUAAGCAACAAAACGCGCAUUCAUUGUUCGCAAAUAAUUAUGGAAAUAACAAGCGUAAGUUGAAAUUUAUUUUGAUCAAAAAUACCAAACUGUGACAAGACGGAAUUUUAUUUUUAAAAAAUCUACUGAGUUGUCACCAGACGCUAUACAGAACUGGCAAUCUGGAAUAAAAAGCAACUUUUUCAUUCGUUGCAUUUGUAUAAAAUCUCACCUAUUUUAGAAUGGAUUAAGUUUGAGAAGUUAAGACAGACUUAUCAAAGAUACAUAUAUUUUUUUAGACAAGUACACAACAGCUGAAAGGGGCCACAACCCUGCUGGAAAGCUCAAACCGAGCACGAGGCUUUUGUCGACAAAAAAACACACAGGCAAGCAGGUGAUGGCGUGCAGCGCCACGCAUAAUAAGAGAUGACUGACGUGGCCGGAGAUUACGUGCGCCCAGGCAAUUGAUAGAGAGAGGGGGGGGGGGCGGGAGGCAUUGUGACAUGGAACACGGCUCGCCGGUGGCCAGCGCAGCACGAGGUCGCUUGAGCCUCGUGCGCACCGAGGACGACGGCGCGUGGAUGACAGCGGGACUCAAGUGCGACGUGGCUCUCAAGCAGAGCUGCUUUGAGACGUUGGCGUUGGACAGCGGCAUCAGCAGUGGCGGCAGCGGCACGGAGGCGCGGAUGGGUGACCGCGUGUGCAUCAAUGUGUCGGGCGCGCGCUUCGAGACGCGAAGGGCCACGCUGGCCCGGUUCCCGGCCACGCUCCUCGGGAAUGAGCACCGUCUUGCGCGCCACUACGACGCGCAGCAAAACGAGUACUUCUUCGAGCGACACCGCGACAGCUUCGCUGCCAUCCUGCAUUUCUACCAGUCGAGCGGCAGACUCCAGCGUCCCACGAUGGUGCCCAUCGACAUCUUCUGGGAUGAAAUCAGGUACUUUGACCUGGGAGACAAGGUGUUGUCACAGCUGCGUGAAGAAGAAGGCAUGGAUCCCACAGAGGACCUGGUGAACCCAAACGCCAUGCCGGUCCACACACGCGGUUUCCACAGCCACCUGUGGCUUCUCUUCGAGUCGCCCGAGAGCUCCAAUGCCGCGCGGGUCAUCGCCAUCGUCUCCGUGUUCGUGAUCGUCGUCUCGAUCGUCAUCUUCUGCUUGGAGACGUUGCCCGAAUUCCGCGAGGAAGAAACCCAUUUCAAGCAAGGGCUUGCCGGCAACACCACCGACACGAAAAAUGUCAUAGACCCAUUCUUCCUGGUGGAGACCACGUGCAUGGUGUGGUUCUCGUUCGAGUUCAUCGUCAGGCUCAUUGCCUGCCCGUGCAAACCCACGUUCAUCCGUGACCUCAUGAACGUCAUCGACCUCAUCGCUAUCCUGCCGUACUUCAUCACCCUCAUCACCGACUUGACGGGGUCCAUGGUGCCAGAGUACGUCUCGGAGACGGCGACCACCACACACGCGUACAGCUCAGUGGCCACGUCCUUGGCGACCGCGAGCCCAGGCACGGGGGACAGCAUCAGCGAGAUCGUUCCAGCCGGUGGCGUUCCCAGCGUAACCGGGAACAGCGGUCGUGGUGGCACAGUGGCGGCCGGGGCCGGGAGCAGUGGCAGUGGGGGGCAGACCAUGUCCCUUGCCAUCAUUCGCGUGGUGCGCCUGGUGCGCGUCUUCCGCAUAUUCAAGCUGUCACGCCACUCCAAGGGCCUCCAGAUCCUGGGUCAAACACUGAAGGCCAGCAUGCGGGAGCUGGGACUCCUCAUCUUUUUCCUCUUCAUUGGAGUCAUCCUCUUCUCCAGUGCCGCCUACUUUGUGGAGGCCGAUGACCCCGAUUCGCACUUCACGAGCAUCCCAGAUGCCUUCUGGUGGGCCGUUGUGACGAUGACCACGGUGGGCUACGGUGACAUGCGGCCCAUCACACUGGGAGGAAAGAUUGUUGGCUCUCUGUGUGCCAUCGCGGGCGUGCUCACGGUGGCACUGCCCGUUCCUGUUAUUGUGUCCAACUUCAACUUCUUCUACCAGCGAGAGCGCGAUAGGCCUGAAGCCAAGGAGUCAUUUUUGCUGGAGUUGGAUGACAAUCACAUGGACACAUCAGAUGAAGAUGGAGACAGUGAAUACGGGGUGUACGAGAAUCACGUAGAGACAGAUUUUUGAAGCUGCAACACUUGGCAACACCAACACUGCAUUUGUUUUUAGUGUACGGUGUACAAUGCUGACAUACAACCAGGAGUAGAUACGUAAAACUCGUCAGCUUCAUUGAUAUUAGUUUUAAAUUGAAAUAUAAGGUGUGACCAAUGCCCUCUAAUUCUUCUCCUCCUGUCCUCUUACACCAUAAAAAUGACACAUUUAUAACAAAUCCCAAUUGUUUUGUAUUUUACCGCUUCCUUAUAUCAUUGCCAUUUGAAACGUGUAUUGACUUUGACAAGUGUGAUAGUCAACACGUUUUUAUUUAAUGGCAGGCCUAAGUAUUGAUGCUGGAUAGUGGGGAUUAUUGACCGUGAAUGUACGAGUGCUCAUCAUCAUAGAGAAGUGCACUUCCAUGUAGAGAUAGUGGCUAGCAUAUUAACCGUUUUCAUGGAUGUCUAAAACAACCAUAAGUCAUUAGGUGUGUAACAAUGUUAAGUGCAACGUAAUUUGCAAUUGCAUCUUCACAAAUUAUCUCAGCAUUACUUUGGGUCCCAUUGGGGCCUCUUUGCUUUAUUUAAAAAUAAAAACUUGAUACGAGCACACAACCAAACUAGAAAUUUUUUACAUGUACACCUGCAGUUUUAGAUGUCGUGUUUCUCCUCUCACACA